AGACUCCCGCACUCCUAGAAUGAGCCUGGCACAGUGGCGGGCCACUACCCCGGUGUCCGUGUCUGAGUGACUCUUCCCAGCAGCUCUGAGGCUUGUGAGAUCAAAGAUCUUGAGAUUAAGAAUGGCAGGAAAAUCAUCGCUUUUUAAAGUAAUUCUCCUUGGAGAUGGUGGAGUUGGGAAGAGUUCUCUAAUGAACAGAUAUGUGACUAAUAAGUUUGAUACCCAGCUCUUCCACACAAUAGGUGUGGAGUUUUUAAAUAAAGAUUUGGAGGUGGACGGACAUUUUGUUACCAUGCAGAUCUGGGACACGGCCGGUCAAGAGCGAUUCAGAAGCCUGAGGACGCCGUUUUACAGAGGCUCUGACUGUUGCCUGCUUACUUUUAGUGUUGAUGAUUCUCAGAGCUUCCAGAACUUGAGUAACUGGAAGAAAGAAUUCAUAUAUUAUGCGGAUGUGAAAGAGCCCGAAAGCUUUCCCUUUGUGAUUUUGGGCAACAAGAUUGAUAUAAGUGAACGGCAGGUGUCUGCAGAAGAAGCCCAAGCCUGGUGCAGGGACAACGGCGACUAUCCUUACUUUGAAACAAGUGCAAAAGAUGCCACGAAUGUCGCAGCGGCCUUUGAGGAAGCAGUUCGGAGAGUGCUUGCUACCGAGGAGAGGUCAGAUCACUUGAUCCAGACAGACACGGUCAGUCUGCACCGAAAGCCCAAGGCCAGCUCAUCUUGCUGUUGAUGGUCAGAGAGGUGGCCCGUGCGACCUAACCAGCCCACACACAUACAUAAGCACGGGGUGGAGGAGAGAGUUAGCGUUAGCAGCAAUGGGUCACAUGCUCACUAAGUUAACCCUAUUGCUGCCUCGUUAGUGGGUAGGAGAAGGGGGACAUCCACUCACAGGAGAAUCUAUGUACUUAGUAACGGCACCUUACAUUUAUAAAUUCUGACGGUUGUCUAAUAAUGUUUAAUUUAAAUAUGUAAGUUACAGAGCUAAUACAUGAGAUGACCAAGACUAAUUAUAAUUAAAACACUUGAGUAUUCUAGAAAUUACUGUUUUUUCCCUGGGAAAUGGAGAGCUACUUUUUCUAUGUGUAUAUUUUUAUGUAAUUAGCAUUCUGUUCCUGGUUCAGGGAAAACGUGUCCUAAAGCAAUAAUGUUAGAUAUUAAAGAUUAAAAUCUAAUGCAUUUGCACGGCA